AUGGAAAACAAACUUAAUAUUAUUUUCAAAACGUCACCACGUAUUACAUCGCAAGAUAGUAAAAACUUUGCUGAGCUGGCGUUAGGAAAUGAAACACCAUCAAGGGACUUCUGUUCUAGCGUCGACUUAAAUAGCGGUAACAAUUCUUUCGAAGAGGUUGUAGCCAGCUCUUCAGUGCAACCCACACUAAUGAAUGUAUCCGACAUCGUUAUUAUACCAGUAGAGAAUUUGCAACAAAAUGAGAGAAACAUAAAAAAGAAAAUAAAUACAAUGAAACAACAAUUUAAUCGCUUGGCUGAUAUACCACAAGCUAACUCAUCUCCCAACAACUUAAUGAUACUCAGAAAAUUAAACAAAGUUUUAAGUGAUAAUGAUACCACGGAACAAGCCAAAAACUUCGUUGCACAAAGAGUUAAACUUAAACUUUCAAGGUCGCAAACUUAG